UUUGUAUCUACAUGAACUCUCAUUGUGACCCCCAUUUACAAUUAACAGCGCCAAACUCGAAUAUCAAGAACUGAAGAACACAACAACUCAACAUCAACCAAGGACGAACGACUCUUUCAUCAUUACCUCUUCGAUUUCCAGGAUAAUUUUUCAAGAUGGAGAUGGGCUCAGUCAGGUGUUGUCUGGUAAAACAAUUACCAUGUUUUUCAUGGAAUACAAGAACAUUUGGUGGGGAAAGUUAUCACCAAUCUCCACACAAUAUGACUUUGAGGAAUUCAAAGACGGGCUGCCACAGGUUGAUGCAGCUUCAAGCUUCUAUUGGGAAGCAUCCUGUGAGUUCUAGUUCUUGGAGAGCGCAUUGCACAUCGGUUAAUUUGGAGGAGUCAUCAUCAACAGGGUCGGAAGAUAAUCCUAAUGCUGAAGAGUCAUCACAGGAAUCACCAGAGGAGCUUCUUUCUAAACCCUUAAGCAGUGAUGAGCUGAAGGCUCUGCUGGCAGACUCUGAACGAGCAAACCUUCUUAGAAAACUAAGUGAAGCUAAUCAACAAAACAGGUUUCUCAAACGGCAGUUGCACAUGAAGGAGGAAGCCUUGGUUGACUUUAAAAGUGAACUUGCUGUCAUGGAACUUGAAAUUCAGGCAUUGGUAAAACUAGCAAAGGAAAUAGCUAAAUCUGCCAUUCCAGAAGGUUCAAGAAAGAUCAAUGGAAAAUAUAUUCAAUCACACCUUCUUUCCCGGCUUGAAGCUGUACUUGAGAAAUUGAAGGAGCAGACAAAGGAUGUUGAAGUUGCACAGUCUAAGGAGGUUCCCUUAUUCUGGUAUGGCGUAGCCGAGAGUGUCCAAGUCAUGGGCACAUUCGACGGCUGGAGUCAAGGAGAGUCUUUGUCACCAGAAUAUACAGGUUCUUACACCAAGUUCUCAACAACAUUACCAUUGAGACCUGGAAGGUAUGAAAUCAAGUUCUUGGUGGAUGGAGAGUGGCAACUGUCCCCAGAAUUCCCAACUGUUGGUGAAGGGUUAAUGCAGAAUAACUUGUUAAUUGUCGAGUAAAACUCUUUGGAGUCUAGUUUUGGUCAUGUGUAUAUAAUAAUAUGCAACAAAUACUACUUUCAAGAGUAUCCAACAUUUUUCUGACAAUACAUAUGAUUCUUAGCCAUGCUUUUUGUGUGCGUAAUCGAUAUGGUAGUUGUAAACCGGAUAGCGUUAACGACUCUCUGCGUUUGAAAGAGCUGUCGGCGUAAGAAUAUUUCUAUUUCUUAAGCAUGCUCAUUAGGGUUCUUAAUCUAUGAUGUAAUAACGCGGCUUAAUUUUUUGAUACACUGUAUGGGACAGCCUAACGAC